AUGGCGGCGACGGCGCUGAGGGACCCGGCUCAGGGUUGUGUGACCUUUGAGGACGUGGCCAUUUACUUCUCCCAGGAGGAGUGGAGGCUCCUUGAUGAGGCUCAGAGGCUCCUGUACCAUGAUGUGAUGCUGGAGAACUUUGCACUUGUAGUCUCACUGGUUUGUUGUCAAGGAACAGAAGAUGAAGAGACACCUUCAGAACAGAGUGUUUCUUUAGAAGGAGUGGCACAGGUUAGGACUUUAAAGGCAGGUCUGUCCACCCAGAAGACUCAGCCCUGUGAGAUGUGUGUCCCAAUCCUGAAAGAUAUUUUGCAUCUGGGUGAUCAAUGUAGACAGAAGCCAUACUUUGCUGGGACAUGUGCAAACCUUCACCAGGACCGGAAGCAUUGCAGUGCAGAAUAUCCAUUAAGAAGAGAUGUGGAUUGGGCUUCCUUUGUGAAGAGCUACAUAUUCCAUGUGUCAGGGAAUCCCUUCUUCUGCAGGAAGAUUGGAAAGGACUUUCUGGCCAAGUGGAGCCUUCUUCAGACCCAGGUCAUUCCUAAAGGUGAGAAGCCAAACAAAAUCACCAAGUGUGGGGAGGCCUUUCACUGUGGAAAACAUCGUUACAAGUUAGGUGAAUGCAGAAAAGUUUCUAGCCACAAACAUACUCUUGUUCAGCACCAAAGAAUCUGUACUGGAAAAAGAGUUUAUGAUUCUAGCAAAUGUGGAAAAGCCUUCUGUGACAAAUACUCACUUGUUCCAUUCCAGAGAGUCCACACUGGAGAAAGGCCUUAUGAGUGCAGUGAAUGUGGAAAAUCUUUUAGCCAAAAAGCCACCCUUACUAUACACCAGAGAGUUCAUACUGGAGAAAGGCCAUAUAAGUGUGGAGAAUGUGAGAAAUCUUUUAGUCAAAGUUCCAACCUCAUUGAACACUGCAGAAUUCACACUGGAGAAAGGCCAUAUGAGUGUGGGGAAUGUGGGAAAGCCUUUGGGUGCAAAUCCAACCUUGUUCGGCACCAGAGAACUCACACAGGAGAAAGGCCUUAUGAGUGUGGCCAAUGUGAGAAAUCCUUUAGUCAAAAAGCCACCCUCAUUAUACAUCAGAGAGUUCACACUGGAGAAAGGCCAUAUAAGUGUGGAGAAUGUGGAAAAUCCUUUAGUCAAAGCUCCAAUCUUAUUGAACAUUGCAGAAUUCACACUGGAGAAAGGCCAUAUGAGUGUGGGGAAUGUGGAAAAUCCUUUAGCCAGAGAACCACUCUCAUUAGACACCAGAGAAUUCACACUGGAGAAAGGCCUUAUGAGUGUGGUGUAUGUGGGAAGUUCUUUAGACAAAACUUCAGCCUCAUUGAACACCGUAGAAUUCACACUACAGCAAAGAUUUAUGAGUGUGGCCAGUGUGGGAAAUCAUUUAGCCAAAGGGCCACCCUUAUUAGGCACCAAAGAGUUCACACUGGCGAAAGGCCUUAUGAGUGUGGAGAAUGUGGGAAAGCCUUUGGGUACAAAUCCAAACUUGAUCGACAUCAGAGAACUCACACUGGAGAAAGACCUUAUGAGUGUGGUGUAUGUGGGAAAUUCUUUAGGCAAAGCUACAGUCUCAUUGAACACCAGAGAAUUCACACUAGAACAAGGCCUUAUGAGUGUGGCCAGUGUGAGAAAUCCUUUAGCCGAAGAGCUGCCUUCAUUAAACACCAGAGAGUUCAUACUGGAGAAAGGCCUUAUAAGUGUGGAGAAUGUGGAAAAUCCUUUAGUCGAAGCACUAGCCUUAUUCAACACUGCAGAAUUCACACUGGAGAAAGGCCAUAUGAGUGUGACCAAUGUGGGAAAUCUUUUAGACAGAAGUCUGUUCUCAUUCAACAUCAAGUAGUUCACACUGGAGAAAGACCCUAUGAAUGUGGCAAAUGUGGAAAAUCUUUUAGCCAACGCUCAAGCUUUUUUCAACACCAAAAGUAUCACACCAUGGAGAGGCCUCAUAAAGGCAGCAAAUAUGGGAAAUCCUUCAGCCCAAGGUCCAAUGUUGUUUAGCACCAGAAAGUCCAUACGUAAGGCCUUACAACUGCAGGGGAUGUGUUAUCUCUGUUCAGCACUAGACAGCCUUUGUAAGGGAACCAUCUGCCUGAAGUUGAACCAAGCACCAAGAGGGGUGAAAUUCUCCACGAGUUCCAGGCAUGUGUGGGGCUUACAGGAGCUACUUGCGCUUUCUGAACCAUCUGGGGGCCUUGCCAGAGUUAAGUCACUUCCACAUUCUCUUGUAGAAGCCAUGUCCUCUCACACCUUGCACAGUGUGCAUUGGUCACCCUGACAU